AUGAAAACAGCGUGCCAUCCCAUCAAACGGUUUGGAGAUAUCAAAUGUUCUUAUAUCUCAACAACGAGACUAGCAACCAUCCAUUCCGUUGAAGUCGUGAUACCCUUGUCUGCCGGCACCGAAGCUGUCAUCGAGCGGCCGAUAAGUGGGAAGAAUGGAAUCCGCCCAAGUUGUGCUUGUAAUCUGUCGACCAUUGCCCAUCAAUACAUCUCCCGUUCUGAUAGUAACUCUGUCAACCAGCAACACGUCUACGCAAAUAAUGCAGAGUUCGUUGACAUCUUAAGAGACAGCAUUGCUGCUGUGGCCUAUGACACUGAUCUCAUCCACAACGCCGUUGGAAUCAUCGAAGAGAUCAGGAAGUGCAUCAGACAGGAGCACAACUUCUUAUAUGGAAAUUUGAUAAUGGAUAAUACUUAUACCGACUCGCGGAGGAGAGACGUGUUAACGGUUACAAACCGUAUAGAGGCUGGCUACUACCCUGUUUACUGUGAAUUUAUCAAGACCAGGCUAUCCUACACCAGCGAGCCCUGUUUCCAAAUAGCUGGGUCGCUGGAUCACUCUAAUAGCUCUCCCACUGCCCACUCACAAUAA